UGUCAAAUGGCCUUUUUUCCAGUUGGGAAUCAGCCGGAAUGUUUGUGGUUAUUUCAAAAGUAAUAUUUUUGUAGAAAAGGACGAAAAUGGCACACGGAUUUCGACAUUUUUCCAACAAACUUUCAAACAUUAACACCUUACUAACACCACGAAACCAUGUCAUAGGUGCUGAUAGUUCAAAAUCGUUUUUAACCAUUUUUGUGCAGUAUUCGACUCGUGUAAACCCAGUAUGGUAUUAUAGCAAUGAUAAAAACACCUAUGAACAACAAAAUGUCUUGCUAAACAAUCGAGAUAAUCAAAACGAAACCUUUAGGGAGGUUAUUAAGUUGAAAACCAGUGAAAGCAAUUACCUAAAGUUAAACAAAUCCAUAUUAAAUUUUAAACAGACAAGCUGCAAUUGUAAUAUUCCCAAGCAAAAAAGUGAUCCUUUACCCAACAAACCACCAACAGAAAAAUUGGAGCAUGUUUAUAACACUUUAUCUGACACAUUGCCAAAACUAUUCAUCCAACCAAUGGAUUACACAAUAUAUCAUCCUGAUGUAGUGUUUGAGGAUCGUAUAAGAAAUAUUACAACCAAUGGUUUAUAUAAUUAUGUAAAACAAGUGGCGCUGCUAAGAACGGUAGGGCAUUUAAAGUUUGCCUAUGUUAAAUUUGAAAUAAUCAAGAUUACCCAGCAUCCAGAAGACUCAACAGUAAAAAUAAGAUGGCAAAUCAGGGGUAUAUCAGCAUUUAGAGUUAUGCUUCAGUUUUGGAAGUUCAAAUUGUGGAAAUAUAGAGAAAUGUUUGAGAAAUGUGACGCAUGGUAUGAUGGAUUUUCGACGUUUCAUGUUAAUUCAGAGGGACAAGUAGUAAAACACGUUGCUGAUAAGAUGAUGCCAGAUUCGGAUAGAGAUGUUAGAGAACCGGAAAGAAACCCAGUCAUUGAUGCGUCAAAACUUGCAUUAAUUGUAGGAAUAAUUCCGAAAGUUUCAUUUUAAGCACAAACGCAUUUUAACUUAAAUAAUGUUUAUUAUAAUUGUAAAUAUAAUUUGUAAUUGUAGUACAACCUCUUGACUUUUACACUGAUAUAUUCUAUUAAAAGUUGCUGAUGUCUAUUUAUUAAAAUAUUUGUUAUUAAAUAUUUAUGGAU